AUGUCGUCAAAAGGCAGUGCUCCUGCUGACAAGUCUCUUUCAGUGGCGGAGUACUCCCGUCAGUUCUUUGAGCGGGUCACAAAGGGAGCGUAUGGCGACACCUUGGAGGAGAAUCGCAAAAUAGCCGGGGAGAACUUUAUAUCACUGGUGAAGAAGCUGCAAGAUGCAGGGAGCAAAGACGAUAUUAAGGUGCCUUUGCGCGUCCUGCGCGAUGAAAUCGGCCGUGUUUUCUUCUCAGGGGUUGGGCAUAAGAAGGGAGAAAAUAUUGAGACCCUGUUCCAGCUGUAUGACAUGCUAGAAGCUGACUGCCAGCAAACCUUGAAGGGCGGCCGCACCGUCCCUUCCAAGGAGGCUGCCACUGCCACACAGCUGCUUGAAGAGCUGCGAAACAGAUUUGUGCGACUGGCUGUGGGAGAGACCUGGGAAAAAUUCCCUGAGCUCAAGUUCCUGGCCCUCAAACGCAUGUACAAGUACAUGGUGAGGGAGCAGGAGUCGCUGCGGCUGAAGGGCAAGCUGGGCAUCAGUGGCUCUGGAAGCAUGAGUGGCAGCGGCAAGUUCAACCAGAAGUUCAUGCGCUCCAUCACCAUGUCGCCAGGUGGCGCCACCUGGCAGCUGGCCCUGGAUGAUCUGGUGAAGUCGCCCUCCAACAAGCUGUUCCCCUUUGUCAAGCUGCUGCUGGCGGAGAAUCUGCUGCUGGAGACAUCGGAGGCCUCAGGAGAGGCGUCCAGCACUCAGGAAGCCAAGAGCAUAGAGAGUGGCACGCCCAAUGCCAGUGACAUGAACACGGCUCCCCGAGCCACCUCUGACUUCUCCCUGGACGACCUGCUGGGCCUGGGGCCGUACACUGGCACUCCUGACGCGGAUGACAAGGCGCCCGACACCCCCGCAUUUGACCCCUUCCAGCACUCCCUGGAGUCAAGGCCGAGCCAGGCGCCGUCCCAAGAGGACCACACCUUCGAGGCAACCUUCCCCGAGCCGCCAGCCGCCUCGGCCGCAACCACCCCGGUCCCGAGCUCCAACCCCUUCGGGGCCUCCAGCUUCGGCAAGGCCAGCUUCCCGGCGAACCACACGCCGUCCUCUCAGCAGCUGCGCGCCGGCUCCUCCGGAGUGUACUUCCCUCCACCGGCCUCCUUCCCCCAACAGCAGACGCCCAACCAGCCUGGGAUAUUCCCCCCUCCGCCGCCGGGGGGCUCCGCCGGCCCCUCCCGCAGCUCCUCCGGUGCGGCCGCGCUGCCGCCGGUGCCCGCGCGCACGUCCUCCGGCUCCGGCCUCCCGCUGCCGUCCCCGACCGCGUCCGCUGAGGGCUUUGGCGGCAGCGCGUUCGCGGCCAGCCCGCACGCGACACGCAGCUUCAGCGCUUCCAGCGAUGUGGAGAUGCCCGUUUCUCCGACCGGCUCCGGGGCGUUCCCGGCAGCGGCGGGGGGUGCGCCUCCCCCCGCCGCCACUGGGCCGCCACCGCAGGUCCCCCCCACGCCUGCGAACUCCUCCAGUCUGGGCGAGCAGGCCUUUGCCACCAGCUUCCCGCCGCUGCAGGCGGCAUCGUUCCUGCCGGCGCCCACCCAGCAGCAUCCCGCCUCCUCGCUGGUGCAGCCAGCGCAGCUGUCCACUGCCGGCUCCGGGUUCGGAUCCUCCCCGCUGCAGCCGCCCCCGCUGUCCUCUGCCGGCUCUGGCCUGGGAUCCGCCGGGAUACAGCACGCAGGGUCGGCGGGCAUUGGUGCGACUCCCACUCCCGCACUGAAGGCGCCCCCUGGGCCGGUGCGGCAGCUGUCCGGGGCGUUCUCUCCUACGCGCACGGCCUCGGGCCCCCUCAUGCGCGCCAACAGCUCGGGGCCGGGGAGCAGCCUGGCGCGCGCGGCCAGCGGCGCAAUUUCCCCACCCGCUCGCACCGCGUCCCUCGGCGGCGCCGGCAGCGGCAGCUUCGGCUCUGAAGGCGCGCUUUUCCCUGCCCACAAACUUCAAGAUCUUCGUUGUUUCUCGCCUCCCGCAACUGCCACAAGCGGCCUAGCGCGCGGCACGUCUGGCUCUGAAAACGGCUCCGGCCACUUUGUCGCUCCGCCUAUCACCCCGCUGCAGGCGCCAGGUCAAGGCUCUGGUGACCACGCAGCCGUCUCCAAGCCAUUUGCUCCACCCCACUCUGCCCCCAAUCCCUCCCCCUUCCAGCCCCAAGCCUCCUCCCAGGCGCCUCCUGAGCAGCAAUUUGCCGCCUUCCCCGAGGCUCCCAUUGCGAACGGGACUUCUGAGCACCCUGCACCCACUGCAGCAGCCAUCGAUAUUGCUGGGUCUCAGGACAUGGGCACAGGUUUCAACCCCUUCGGUCUGCCCAGCCCCUCGUUCGCGACCCCCGUGCCUGCCUUUGCCGACAACCGAUUCGCCGACGUGUCGCCGAUGUCCAACGCGCCGCCGCCGCCUGUGCCGCAGCCGAUGCGCGCGCCCCCCGCGCCCCCCGGCCACGCCCCCAACCGUCAGUACAGCGCGUGGUGA